AUGCGUUUGGUAACCGCCAUUAUCACACUGGCAGCGACUGUCUUCGCAGCACCGCUCGCAGCCAAUGACGAGCUGGCCGCCGCCCUAGCAGCACUGCAGCAGAAUAAUCCCAAAGACGCCAGCGCCGCCAUAGGGGCUCUUCCAGGACAGGUCUCGGCCCGCCAGAGUGGCGAUGAGCUUGCCGCCGCCCUGGCGGCUCUGCAACAGAACAACCCCGAUGAUGCCGAUGCCGCCAAGGGGAUCCUCGAGGGACGGGUGGCCCCGCGCCAGAACGACGACCUCGCCGCCGCACUGGCGGCCCUGCAGCAGAACAACUCCGGCGACGCCGCUGCGGCCGUGGUAGCCGGCGUAGGCCGGAGGUAG